UGAAUUGGCACUACAUAAUGACACCAUAUAGAGCCUUUGUGUUAUGUUCUUUCAGAUAUAAAGUCUUUGCUAGUAGUUUUCCAGCUUUACAUGAACAAUACCCACAGGCCCUGAGAUCCUUACGGGAGCAGCUCAUAACCAAGCUAGAAACGGCUGUGAAGGAUGAGGCAGAAAAGAUGUACUCGGAUCAUGGCAUCGUGCCUUUGUUGAACCAACUAGAGGAGCUCAGUAAACAGAAAAGGCCAGGAGUGACAGCUUGGCGACCCACAGGAGAUGUAGAAGAGGACCUCAGGGCACAUACUUAUCCUCUUAAACUGAAGCAGAGAGACCGGCUGAAGAAGAUAGCCGAGGCCCUGACUGAGGAGAAUAAACAGUUACGCACAGCUGUGGAGGCGAGGAGACACAAGUUCCACAACACCCAACAAGCUGUGGAGGAUAACAUUGCCAGAGUAAAUCAGGCGUAUGAUGCAUGUCAGAACCUGCCGUUACAGAAACUAAUAGACUUCGUGAAGAAAGAAUGCAUGUAACUAUCAGAAGAAGGCUGCGGUCACAUUGUGAUGGCAAGGAAGCAUUAAGAUUUGUCGGAAGUUAAGUCUCAAUUUCAAGACCUGUGUGCCUUAUGAUGAUUACCUCAGCCAAGUUGGUAACUUUAAAGGUGAAUUGAAAACCUUUUCAAAUUCUUCAAGACUGCUGUCAAAGGGCUCCUGCUGCAUACAUACAAUAUAGUACAACAUUCUGGUGUUGACAACAUAUAUGUGUUCAGAACUUCUGCAUUUCAACUUAAACUCGGCAAAUUGAUAAGGAAACUGGAGAUAUUUUGUCCUGGCUGGUUGUUAUAGCUUGAAAUAUCUUAAUGUUCUGUGGACACUUGAAUGUCUGGUGUUGACCAGAUGAUGUAAAUA